AUGAGUACGCCUUAUACGUUGAUGAGAUGUCGGAUGAAAGAUUUGAUUUCGUGUUUCAAAGCUUGUAAAGUUCCGAUAGAGGAAGAAGAAAAUGAAUCUGAUUACCAGAAUCCAAAACCAUCGUCAAUAGAUCAUCAGAAUCGCCAAAGAGACAAAGGAGUACUGGAACUCGGAACGACGGCGGAGAAGGGCGGAGGAGGAGAAGAGUCGCCGACAAGCUGGCAAUCGUGUGAAUCUGAAGAAGAUGAAUACAUCGUGUUUUACUUCAGAGAUGACGACGCGGGAGUCGAUGUGAUUGAGGAGAGAGGCUUAGAGAACUCAAUUUCGAGGAAUCAGAACGUCAAUCCCGUCGAUCGUCGGAAGAAACAUGAAACAAGGAGAAUCGAAGUUGAUUCAAAGUCGAUUCCAUCCACAACCAAGGAGAUGAAUGACUGGUCGAAGCAUGAAUCCCAAGAACACAAAGACACAUUGGGGGAAUCGAGCGACUCAUCAAGUACAAGCUCUUUCGCUUUUCCAACAAUUCAAAGCGAAUGGACUGGUAGCCCUGUGUUGAUGCCAAGACCAGAAGGACACAACAAGACAAGGAGUGUUUGUAUUCAAUGCUGUAAAUUCUAG